CCCCACCCGUCUUGUGACCGGCAGACUCCAGAGCCAAUGAGAACGCACCAUCUGUAAACAUGGCGUCUGACUUCAGGUGGAAAUGUGUGUUGCUCCUUCUGUGCACAUAUUUGCUUUGUAUAUUAGCGACUGAUAGCAAAAAUAAGCCCAAGAAAAAGAAGGAUAUCCGAGACUACAAUGACGCAGAUAUGGCACGGCUCCUGGAACAAUGGGAGGAGGAUGAUGAAAUUGAGGAAGGGGACCUCCCAGAGCACAAGAGGUCUCCCCCACCCAUCGACUUCGCCAAGGUGGACCCCUCCAAGCCUGAAGAGCUGCUUAAGAUGUCCAAGAAGGGCAAGACUCUGAUGGUUUUUGCUACCGUAUCGGGGGAUCCCACGGAGAAAGAGACAGAGGAGAUCACAGGCCUGUGGCAGGGCAGCCUCUUCAACGCCAACUACGAUAUCCAGAGGUUCGUGGUGGGCUCCAACAGGGCCAUCUUCAUGCUGCGGGACGGCAGCCUGGCCUGGGAGGUCAAAGACUUCCUGGUGGGCCAGGAGCGCUGUGCCGAAGUCACCGUGGAGGGACAGGUGUUCCCCGGGACGGCUGCCAAGAAGCAGGACGAUGCCAAGCACAAGCAACCGAGUGAGGGCAACGCCAAGAAGAAGAGCAAGAGGAAGACUGAGAGCAAGAAGCCGGACCUGGAGGGGAACAGUGCCGGCCAUCUGAAACACGAGCUGUGACGGAGGAACAUUCCCAGGGCUCUUUACCUCUGGCCUUAGUGGGGGGAGGGAGGGGGUUAUUCUGACCACCAAACUGUGGCGAGGGGCUGCAGGAACGUGUGAAGACGCAGAGCUUCAGAGUCGGUGAUACGAGUGAUGUAAUAAGUCCUGCUUAGGGUUAGGGAUCGUUCAAAGAUUUUCGAUACCGUUACCAAUACAAAUACCGUGACUUCGAUACUUUUUUCCGAUCACAAAACAAAAAGAAACGACGACAUUACGGCACAAAUCCUUUUAUGUAUUUUCCAGCCUCUACUACGUGAGCCCCAUCUCUGUGUGUAACGUAGAGUUUUUCCCGCCUGCCUCUACGUAACGUUAGACAGCCAAUCACAGGAUUAUUAGAUCUUGGUAGAAGCACGAUGCAAGCCUAUUUGCUCAUUGACACUGAUGAGAUAUACUCCGGUGGUAUUGAAUCUGGGUAUUGAAUGCUGAGGCAUUUUUUUUUUUUAUAUAUAUAUUCUUUCCUUUAAAGGCUAUUCAGUCGGUGCCAAAAAAGGAUUGAAUUCUGUACCCAGCCCUAGCCCUGCUGUGCCCGUUAACAUGAACUGCUCAGCUAAGGCUGGGCGAUAUGGAGAAAAUCAAAUAUCAGGAUAUUUUUGACCAAAUACCUCGAUAUCAAUACCGCAACAAUAUUGUAGUGUUGACUAUUGGUGCUUUCACAAAAUAUUUAC